GUAUUCCUUAUCCCCGCACAAGGCCCAGUUUCUCUGAGACGAUAAGUUUUCUGCCGUCUUAGAUGCAAGGAUGACGAACCGAAGGUAAAAUGAGGGGUAAGAAAGCUCGAUUAAGCAUGUUAUAAUCCUCGAUUCUUCCACUCCGCCGAAAAUGGGACAUUUCGCGGUGUGUCAAAUCGACCUCGCCACGCCUUUCCUUGACAUGCUCGAGGAUAGCCUCGUUGCGCACUUGACAGCGAAUGGUUUGAGUAUAAAUCAUAAUGGAAUCCAAAAAUGCCCUAUGUGAUGUGGAUGAGUUCAUUAGUCAGUCUUAUGACUACAUAGUCGUUGGUGGAGGCACGGCGGGCUUGGUUGUUGCCGCCCGGCUAACAGAGAAUCCUGAUGUCAAGGUUGCCGUACUUGAGGCUGGCUCCAAUCGUAUGGAUGAUGAACAGAUCAAUACACCUAGUCUGUAUCCAACCUUGAUUGGAAGAGAGAAAUAUGAUUGGUGUUACAAUAGUAUACCCCAGCCGUCAGCAGGUAACAAGACUUACUCCGUCCCGAGAGGACGUGUGCUUGGGGGCAGCUCUGCUAUCAACUAUCUGAUGUAUGUCAGAGGCAGCCGAGAAGACUACGAUGGCUGGGAGUCGAUGGGGAAUAAGGGUUGGGGCUGGGAUGAGAUGCUUCCAUAUUUCAAGAAACAUCAGAGACUCGACGCGCCGGAAAAAGCACCAGCAGACAAGAAGUUUAUGCCACAUGAGGGCAAGGAGAAAUAUCAUGGGACGAACGGGCCAAUUCACACUAGCUUCAAUGACUACUACAUGCCAAUGGAGGAAGAUUUCUGCAAAGCUGCGUUCGAGACGGGAGGUACACCCAACAAUCUGUACGACGCAUGGAGCGGUGAUCACUAUGGUUUUUACUCCAGCCUGGGUGCGGUCGACCGGACGAACGACAUCGGACGUAGAAGCUACGCUGCAACCGGUUAUCUCAAACCUAAUUUGAACCGUCCUAACUUACGCGUCUUGACAGACGCUCACGCUUCGAAGAUUGUCCUUCGGCAAGACGGCAAUUCGAAUCUAGUAGCAUCAGGAGUGGAAUUUUUGCACGGGAACAAGAAGUAUGAAGUUCAUGUCACUCGUGAGGUCAUUCUUUCAGGUGGCGUCAUUGGUACACCACAACUUCUUGAGCUUUCUGGGAUUGGUGACCCCGAUGUCCUCAGCAAGGCUGGCGUCCAUUGCGUUGUAAAGAAUGACAAAGUCGGAGCAAAUUUUCAGGAUCAUGUCUUAGGGGGGAUGCUGUUCGAUCUUAAGGACGGGGUUAAAUCCAUGGAUGAACUACACAAUGAAGAUUAUGCCAAAACACAACAGGAGGUUUACGAAAAAACUAGAAAGGGACCAUACGGUAACCCCGGGAUGCUGAUGGGUUUUGUCUCCUACGCAUCGAUUGUGGACAAAAAGACUCUGGACGACACAAUCGCAGACAUAAAGAAGAACUCCCUCGCACAAACCGAUUUUGAGAAGGCACAGGAGAAGGUCAUAGUCGACCAGCUCAGCAACCCUACGUUCGCUAAUAUCCAGACAUUCUGCAUACCGUGCCGACUGGAUCUCUCUGCUGGUCAUUCUCAAAUUCAGUUUUUCUCCGCUCCUCCAAAGGGAAAGAACCAAGUCUCACUGCUUGUCUGCCUCGAGCAUCCACUUUCACGUGGUAGCGUUCACAUCACAACUUCCAACCCUCUUGACGCUCCAAGCAUUGACCCAGGCUACUUCCGAAAUCCCGCAGAUCUCAAAAUGCUCGCUGCCGGGAUUGCGUGGAUGGACAAGGUAAGCAAGCACCCGCUUUUGCAGAAGAGUCUUGGGGAUCGAGUUUUGCCGCCAAAAGACUACGCUCUUGAUACGGAGCAGGCAAGAAUGGACUAUGUGAGGAACCAUGUGAGCACACAGUAUCACUUGAUUGGAACGGCAAGUAUGGGCCAGGUAGUCGACGAUAGGCUGAACGUGUAUGGGGUCAGAGGUCUGAGGGUCGUCGACGCUAGUGUAUUUCCCGGGCAUGUCAGUGGAAAUAUCAUGAGUACGACAUAUGCAGUGGCAGAGAAAGGGGCCGAUCUGAUCAAAGAGGAUGAUGGGAGAUACCAUCUCAAUCGGAUUGAUAGUGCAACGCACUGA